AAGGGGGAAGAAAAGUCGAGAGAGACGAGGAAUAACUAGCAAACUAGCGACCAAGGACCGAUGAUCGAGAAGACUUGAUAAAUUGAGGAAGAGGAAGAAGAGAAGACUAGAUAAAUUGAGGAAGAGGAAGAAGAGCAGCAACGAUGGCGAUGGUGGUGCGGGAAGAGAAGAACAUUGAAGAGGAGUUGAACUACUCGAUUCUGCUGUCGGAGCGCACCCGGAAAGCCGCGGAGGAAUCCGAGUCUUUCAAGCAGGAAUGCUCCGAAGUCGGCAAGCGUGUGGAACGCUUGAGCCAGAUGCUCCGAAACGUCGCGUGCCUCUCCACCUCAUCGUCCACGACAUCGUCAACGUCUUCGUCCUCGUCUUUAUCUUCUUCAAUCUACGAUCGUCCAAUCCGCCGCAUCGUCUCGGAGGCCGUCAAGAAUCUGGAACGGGCCCUCACUCUCGUCCGCAAGUGCAGGCACAGCGGCGUCCUCCGACGCGUCGUGACUAUCACCAGUACCACCGACUUCCGCAAGGCCCUCAACCUCCUUGAUGCCUCCCUCGGCGACAUGCGCUGGCUCCUCAGCGUCUUCGAUUCCGAGGACGGCGGUGGCUGCAGCAUCGUCCUCAGUCUCCCCCCCAUCGCCAGCAUCGACCCUAUACUCUCCUGGGUUUGGAGCUACGUGGCAGUCAUCCAGAUGGGGUCCACUCUCCCUGACCGCAUCGAGGCCGCUAAUGCCCUCGCCUCCCUCGCCCAAGACAACGACCGCAACAAGAAGAUCAUCAUCGAGGAGGGCGGCAUCCCGCCCCUCCUCAAGCUCUUGAAGGAGUCCGCUUCCCCUGAUGCUCAGGUUGCUGCCGCUACUGCCCUCACCAACCUCGCCACCGACUGUGAGCGGGUGCGUCAGAUAGCUGUGGCUCUCGCCAUCCCCAUCGUUGUCCAUGUGCUCAGUGAAUCCCCCGCAAGGGUGCAGAUUCAAGUGGCGUCCCUCAUGGCGAGGAUGGCGGACCAAGACCCUGCUUCCCGGGAGGAGUUUGCGAGGGAGAACGCGAUCCGUCCCCUUGUCUCUCUCCUUUCUAUUGACCUUGUGUUGGAAGAUCCCAAGAAUGCUGCCGCUACUGCCUCCAAGCAGCCCACCAGCAUCCAUUCGCUGGUCCAGAUCAACAAGGAGAUGGCCAUGGCUGCUCGAUUGCAUAAUCACCAUUCGAAUUCCCUGCAUUCCUCUGAGGGAAGCAGUCGUGGGAGGGACCACCACCGGAGAGACAGGGAGCAGGAGAACCCUGAGGUGAAGCUUGAGCUCAAGAUCACCUGCGCUGAGGCCCUUUGGAUGCUUGCCAAGGGCAGCGUGUCCAACAGCCGUCGGAUAACCGAGACCAAAGGGCUCCUCUGCUUGGCCAAGAUCAUUGAAAUGGAACACGGGAAGCUGCGUUUCAAUUGCUUGAUGACGGUGAUGGAAAUUGCAGCCGUGGCAGAAUCCAAUGCUGACCUCCGGCGCGCGGCGUUCAAGACGAAUUCCAUCCCCGCCAAGGCGGUCGUUGAUCAGCUCCUCCGGGUGAUUCACGAGGUUGGUAGCAGUCCAGCAAUGCAAAUUGCUGCCAUCAAAUCGAUUGGGUCAUUGGCUCGCACAUUCCCAGCAAGAGAGACCCGAGUCAUCAGGCCGCUUGUUCAACAGCUCAGCAAUAUAGAUGCAGAGGUGGCUAUGGAAGCUGCCGUUGCCUUGGGGAAGUUUUCCAGUCCGGAGAAUUUCCUCUGUGGAGAGCAUUCCAAGGCAAUCAUUGAGUUCGACGGGGUCCCUCCUCUCAUGAGACUGCUGAGGUCUAAUGAAAAGGUGAAGGUGCAUGCACUGAUUCUCCUAUGUUACCUGGCAUUGCAUGUGGGCAACAGCAAAGAGCUGGAACAUGCAAGGGCGUUGACUGCUCUGGAGCUGGCAGGCCGUUCCUCGUCGGUUCAGCAUCCUUCCUUGAAAGAACUGCUUCCGAAGGCCAUUUACCACCUCGAGCUCUAUCAGGCGGGAGCACAUCCCAACAGAGAAUCAUAUGCCACAUGAAUGCCAGUGCUCUUAGCUGUUCGUGCUGUGUGGAAUAUCUGUCUUUCUCUUCGCCAUGCAGAAUCAGCCAAUUAUUACUGGCUAUUUCAGAUUGUAUUCACUCAAUGAGCCUGAAAUGAUCGGAAGGAGGCAAUGUGCAUAAUCAGUCUUGGAGCCUCAAUGGGAGGGUGGAUGAAUGCAUGGUUUUGUAAUUCAAAACAAAGAUGAAUGAUUGGAGGAUGUAAAUAUUCUUCUUAGUCCCACACAUUUAGAUUUUUUCUUGUCUUCAUGGAAAUUUAUUGAAUUUUUUCUGCC